UUUCUUUAUUCACUCAUGUUAGCAAUAGAAAUACCAGCAGCUUUCCUACCCUCGAUGAACCUUUUAUUCCCCUCCCUGUUUCUCCUCCUACUCUCUCCUUCCCUCCCUGGCUUUCCCACCUUUCUCCUUUCCAUUCCCUUAUCCACUCUCAGUCAAGGUCUGAUAGGUGUGCUGUUCAGUCCUGCAGAGAUCUGGCUUUUCUCUCUCAAAAUGUCUUGGACUCGAGCAUUUACCUUGGCUUUGCUCUCCAUCCUCCUCAUCAUUGCCUUUUCUAGUGUGGUGAAAAGCGCCGUAGUACGGGAUGAGUCAAAACCUGCAGAUGCUCAAGGAGCUGCGCGGCAGGUAUUCAUGGCCGAAUCGGAUGCCUCAAACUUCUUCAAACGCCGCAGUCGCCGUUCUCCCAAGUACUACGCUGAGCUGCAAGCUGAGCAGAGAAUGAAGCAAGCUGCCAGUGAGCGAAGGAGGGAGUAUAACGAGGAACAGAGAGAUGAAUAUGAGAACUAUGUUGAGGAGGAUCGUAAUGAAAUAAAUGAGAGGACAAGGGUGAUGAGUGAGCAGCUGCGAGAGUAUAACUACGACGGUCUCUAUCCUCGACUUCGCUGGUUUCACUGAGCGCAUGCUGUAGCGCGAAGAUUUUCAUCACUUUUCUUUAUAGCAAUAUAGUCCCAUUGACUUUAUCCAGCUAAAAGUUUUGCAUGCUUUUUUUUAUUGUUCUCAUGUGUACAGACUAUAGGAACUAUACAGUGCAACUUCUGAUUGUAUUUAACUUGCAAAUGAAUAAAGACCAGUUUCCAUUA